AUGGCAGAGCUGCGAUGCAGAAAAGCAAAGGACACAGAAGAGAGCCCAAGUGGAACGGAUCCGUUAGACUCGAAGACAGAUGAGGCCAGCGGCAAAGAUUGUCCUAAAGAUGGGGAUAAAGACGUGAAUGAAGACGAGGGGACAGAAGACCCAGGCAACAGCCCCUCAACCGCUGCUACUGAGGAUGGAGGAAACGAGGGAGCUUGUUCUCAAAACGCCCCUCCUGACAGAAAACCUCAAAGAAUCAGCAGAUCUGUCCUGCUUCAGCGCUUGGUGAAACUGUUUUUUGGGUGUGUAGCAGCAGUGACAUGUGGUAUGAUGUAUGCUGUGUAUCUCUCCACCUACCACGAGAGAAAGUUCUGGUUUUCUAGCCGACAGGAACUGGAGCGAGAGAUCACUUUCCAGGGCGGAAGUGGACUUUACUAUUAUUAUUACAAACACAUGCUGUCUGCGCCUUCUUUUGAGAGAGGAGUGUAUGAGCUCACGCGUGACAACAGGACCGUGUCGUCUCAGACCAUCAACGCGGUAGAGCAGCUCUCCCUCUACCCUGAGCUGAUCACCAGCCUCCUGUACAGGCUCACAGGCAGUCAGGACAUCAUAGAGCCGGUAUAUUUUUACAUUGGCGUGGUGUUCGGUCUGCAGGCGGUGUACGUCACCGCUCUGUUUGUGUCCAGCUGGGUGAUGAGUGGCACGUGGGUAGCAGGGAUGCUGGCGGUGGCGUGGUACAUCAUUAACAGACCAGACACAACCCAGGUGGAUUAUGCUAUACCUCUAAGGGACAACUGGGCCCUGCCAUACUUUUCCUGCCAAGUAGCAGCGUUGACUGGUUUUCUCAGUAACAACAUCAGCUCAGCCGCUGAGAUGUUCUGUUACCUCCUGAUGAGUGUAACGACCUUCACUUUCAUAGUGGUGUGGGACCAGAGUCACUAUGUCUUGUUUGUUCAGGGCAUAGCCCUGUUCCUGCUGGACUGCUUUGACCUGCUGCCGUCUCGUAAGAUGGCAGACAUACACAAGGUAUACCUGAGCUCCCUGUUUCUGGCUUAUGUGCUGCAGUACCAGAAACCCAGCCUGCUCUGCUCACCUCUCCUCAGCCUCCUCAUUGGCUCAUUGCUGGCCAGGUCCUUUCAGCAAAACAUGAAAGUGGGCCCCCUGGUGGCAAGACUGAUGAAAAUACUCCUGCAUUUUUAUCUGGUUUUCACCAUAGCCGUCACCUUCAACUAUGUAGUCAAGAAAAUAAUUCCUGUCAAUGAAAGUGACUUCUCACUGAAGUUUUUGGAAGUUAAAUUUGGACUCAACUCAACUACAGACUUUAUCACCAACCUCCUUCUGUGCCAAGAGGGCUUCCAAACGCCCAGUCAGGAUUUCUUUCUGCGGCUCACUCAGGCCUCUGUGCUGCCUUUCUAUGUAUUGGUCCUGUUGGUCUGUCUCCUGUCCACGCUGCAGUCUAUCUACAGGAGACUGAGUGGUGAGCCAGUAAAGACCAGCGUGCGGCUGGAGGAUGCUUGGAUAGGAGAGCAGCCGGAAGUUAUCUAUCACGUUCUCCACACGCUGCUGUUCGGAGCACUGGCCAUGCUCUUUGAGGGGCUGAAGUACUUGUGGACACCAUACGUGUGCAUGUUCACAGCGUUCGGUGUGUGUUCUCCUGAGCUGUGGAUGACCGUCUUUAAGUGGCUGAAGCUUAAAUCCAUUCACCCUGUAGUACUGGCAUUAAUACUGAGCACUGCGGUUCCAACCAUCAUUGGUUUCAGUUUGUGGCGAGAGUAUUUUCCACGGGUUCUGACGGAACUCUCAGAGUUGCAGGAAUUCUAUGAUCCCGACACAGUGGAGUUGAUGAAUUGGAUCAAAACACAGGCCCCAGUUGCUGCGGUGUUUGCUGCCAGUCCUCAGCUGCUGGGAACGGUGAAGCUAUGCUCAGGUUGGGCGGUGACCAGCUUGCCUCUCUAUACAGACAUCAAUCUUCUGCGGAGGAGCGAGAGCACAUACCAGGUCUAUGCAAUGAGGUCCGCAGAGGACGUCUACAAGAUCCUGAUGUCACACAAAACGAGUUACGUCAUCAUCGAGGAAUCUCUUUGCAAUGAAGUGAGCCCAAUGAAGGGUUGCAGGAUCAAAGAUCUUCUGGAUUAUUCCAAUGGCCACGUGGUCUACGAUAAAGGCGAGAUGUAUGCUUUCUCCAAAUAUGGGCGUUUCUGCCACGAGAUCAAGAUGAACUACUCACCCUACACCAACUACUUCACACGGGUCUUCUGGAAUCGCUCCUACCAUGUGUACAGAGUCAACUCAGUCGUCUCCUUCCAAUACUGAUCAGUCCAGCAGAUUUACAUGCUGAUUUUUAUGCACAGUGCAGAAUAACUUUGUUUAUGUGCAAUGUCUGAUUAACUU